GCAUUCUCAACACUAUAAAUUGAAACCAAAUCGCCUCCAACAUUUCAUGAGUGCACACUACAACUACCAGAAGAAAUGGCAAUAGCUGCUACGCCUUUUACUCUUCCUUGCAACCUUAAACUCCCAAAACAAUUUCACACCCACAGAAUACCACAUAUAAGGCUAAAAUUAAACCACAAUCGCAAAAAUCAGACAUUUUCUGUAUUGCCCACUUCGUUUUCUUUGCCAAAAGUUGAACAAAUUUCGAGAAAAUUAAGAAAUGUUACCGGCGCUUAUGUUUCUGGCCCAGCUUUCGACACAAGCUCGUCAGAAAAUGAGCCGAAAAUCGACGAUUUGGACAUGGUUGAGAUUGAGGAAUUGCGACCAAUUGAAGUGAUAAAUUGGGGAUUAUUGUGGAAGCUGAUUUCACGGAACAAGUUGAGACUCGUGGCUUCGAUUCUUAGUCUUCUCUGUUGCACAGCUAGCACUCUCUCCAUGCCUAUAUAUUCCGGAAGAUUUUUCGAAGUACUGAUUGGGGCAAGAACAGUGCCUCUUUGGCAAGUGGUUAGCAAAUUGGGAAUUUUAUACACAUUGGAGGCAAUUUGUACAAUCAUUUUUGUGAUAAACAUGAAUAUCAUGUGGGAGAAGGUUAUGUCUAGCUUAAGAGCUCAAAUAUUUCAGAGGGUGUUGAUUCAAAAGGUGGAGUUUUUUGAUCGAUACAAGGUUGGCGAACUAACUGCUUUAUUGACAUCUGAUUUGGGCUCUUUGAAAAGCAUUGUCAGCGAAAAUAUAUCAAGAGAUCGUGGCUUCAGGGCACUAUCUGAGGUCAUCGGGACUAUGUGCUUGCUUUUUGUUUUGUCCAUCCAACUUGCACCAAUUUUGGGCCUCCUCAUGCUUACAGUAUCAUUUUUAGUUGCUGUGUACAAAAGAACAACUGUGAACGUAUUUAAAGCUCAUGGAUCAGUCCAAGCCUCCAUAGCUGAUUGUGUAACCGAAACUUUUGCUGCUAUUCGUACUGUAAGAUCAUUUGGUGGAGAAAAACGUCAAAUGUCAAUUUUUGGUCGCCAGGUCCUGGAGUAUGAGAAUAGUGGCAUAAAACUUGGGACAUUUAAGUCCCUCAAUGAAUCCCUGACAAGAGUUGCUGUUUAUGUUUCUUUAGCUGCCUUGUAUAGUCUUGGAGGAAGUAAAGUAAAAGCUGGUGAACUUGCAGUGGGUACCAUGGUUUCCUUCAUUGGAUACACUUUUACGUUGACAUUUGCUGUUCAAGGAGUGGUGAACACCUUUGGAGAUCUUCGUGGGGCCUUCGCUGCUGCUGAAAGAAUUAACUCCGUUUUAUCUGGCGCUGAAAUUGAUGAUGCUCUAGCUUAUGCUUUAGAAAAAAACUUGAAGCGAAACAAAGUGCAUGACAAAAAUAUUGAAGCUCUUUUGGUCAAUGGUUCUAAUGGGACAAUGCGAACUCGGAAUACGGGGUACAUGUCUUCCUUAAAAUCAGCUACCCAUGUGCGUAGCCUUGCUCAGUCUUGUGAUAUAUGCCUUGAAGAUGUGCAUUUCUCUUAUCCAUUGAGACCUGAUGUAGAAAUCCUACAAGGUCUUGAUCUAACUUUAAAAUGUGGAACUGUUACUGCUCUAGUGGGCCCAAGUGGUGCAGGAAAGAGUACAAUAGUACAACUGUUAGCUCGUUUCUAUGAGCCAACCAGAGGCUGCAUAACUGUUGCUGGAGAGGAUUUGCGGACAUUUGAUAAAAGUGAAUGGGUUCGGACGGUUUCCAUAGUGAAUCAAGAACCUGUUCUGUUCUCUGUGUCUGUUGGGGAAAAUAUUGCUUAUGGGCUCCCAGAUGAAUAUGUUUCCAGAGAUGAUGUGAUAAAGGCUGCUAAAGCGGCAAAUGCUCACGAUUUUAUAAUAUCGUUGCCACAGGGUUAUGACACACUAGUUGGUGAGCGUGGGGGUCUGUUAAGCGGAGGACAGAGACAGAGAAUUGCUAUUGCCAGAGCUCUGCUUAAGAAUGCUCCAGUCUUGAUUCUUGACGAGGCUACUAGUGCUUUGGAUACCGUAAGUGAGCGUCUGGUUCAGGAUGCUCUGAAUCGUCUGAUGAAGGGAAGAACAACGUUGGUGAUUGCUCACAGAUUGAGCACAGUUCAGAAUGCAAAUCAAAUUGCUCUGUGCUCUGAUGGGAAAGUUUCAGAGUUGGGGACACAUUUUGAGUUGUUAGAAAAGAACGGUCAAUAUGCUUCUCUCGUCGGCACUCAAAGGCUUGCAUUCGAGUGAUGUAUUUUUUUCUCACCUACUGCUUCUGAAGCGCAAAAGUGUUCGAUUUCUCAAUAGCUGGUCGUUCGUCUUGUUAAUGGCGUCGACUCGUUACACAAAAUCCAAACAAUACCGAAGCUCUGUUGACAUAUUUGAAAAUAUAAGAAGUUAAACAUGGCAUUUGAUGGAGUAGUAAUUGAUUCUUGGGUGAAACAGUGGCAUCUAGUAUGGUUAAAAUAUGAGAUCAUUAUUGUUGUCUACUUUUGUGUCAUAUUGAUUAUUGAUGAUAUGUUUUAUUGUGUUUGAUUCAAAAUUACAGCUGUCAUAUGGAAAUAACAGCAUUACAUAAAAUCUUUGAUCUUUGAUCUUAUUUUA